ACAACGGAUUGGUUAGAUAGUUAGAGCUUCUCUUGUAUCUAACACCAAUCGAGUUCAGUUGGCUAGUGACUGACUUGCCCAGCGAGUUCCUGCCUUCUCGCUCGGUUCGGUUGUCGGCAUCGCCCGACCUCAAGAGCUCACAUAGGGCUAGCCCGUGGGAACGCAGCUGGUGCUUCUGCAGGAAAGGUCAAAGCUGGGCGCCCCACAGUCACUGCUGCGGCGAGUGGGGCUACACUCUAUGUGUGCCUCUGAAUGGUGGAAAUUCGGGAAUGGGCGGAGGGACACCUGACCACUGAGAGCCGUUGCUUCGGUCCUACAAUUCAUGCUAUCUUUGAAAGCGAGAAUAAUUAUCCCCCCUCGCUCCACUCUGGGGGCCUCAGUUGCACUCCGAGUGUUGUCAUCUCGUGCAUCGAAAGUCCUUAGCUCGCUCGGGCUUCCAACUUCGGAUGACCAGGUCGUGAAAGGUGUUUACGAUGGCGAGUGGGGCGGAACAGGGGAGCCUUUAGUUAGUAGCUGCCCUGCCACCGGGGAGACUAUCGCACGUGUUAGUACGGCCACAGCUUCUGAGGUGUUAGAUGCGAUUUCAAAGUCUCGUCUGGCAUACAAGACGUUCCGAAAUGUUCCUGCUCCACGACGGGGAGAGAUCGCCCGUCAAAUCCGCGAGGGUAUUGCUGCGAAAGUCGAGCCCCUUGGCGCUCUAGUUUCCCUCGAAAUGGGGAAGAUUAGGACCGAAGGCGUGGGAGAAGUUCAGGAGUUCAUCGACAUUUGUGAUUACGCGACAGGGCUAUCUCGUAUGAUGAACGGACGUGUCAUUGCUUCAGAAAGAGCUGGUCAUUCGAUUUUCGAAGUCCCGAAUCCUCUUGGCGUCGUCGGUGUACUCAGUGCCUUUAACUUCCCUGUCGCAGUCUAUGGGUGGAACUUGUCAUUAUCCCUAGCGGCGGGCAAUGCUACGCUCUGGAAACCUGCGCCCACGACGCCGCUUUGUGCUAUUGCGGUGACCAGGAUCAUAGCUAGGGUCCUAGAAAGGAAUGGCAUCGAUGGUGCAGUGGCUGGCUUGGUAUGCGGGGAUAAACUGGUGGGCGAGACCGUUGUGGGAAGCCCAAACGUGGACAUGAUAUCUUUCACUGGAAGUGAGCGUGUGGGCAGAAUUGUGGGUAAAAACGUCCAAGAUCGCUUCGGGAAAAUCUUGCUCGAACUGGGAGGCAACAAUGCUGCCAUUGUUAUGCCUGACGCGGAUAUGUCUCUGGCGUUCCCCUCCGUUCUUUUCUCGGCUGUUGGAACUUCAGGACAGCGUUGCACAUCUACUCGUCGUCUGUAUCUCCACCGAUCCAUCGCUCCCGUCUUCCUCGAACGCCUUCAGGCAGCCUACGCGACCAUACCUAUAGGUGAUCCUCUUCAUCCCGACACGCUUCUUGGCCCUCUACAUACCCCUGCGGCGGUGAAGAUCUACCAAGAUUCGAUUAAUGACAUCCGCGAAAGUGGCGGCUCAGUCUUGACUGGUGGCUUCCCUUAUGUCCCAAUGCAGAAAGAGUUGGAGCAUGGGAAUUAUGUCCUCCCGGCGAUAGCAGUCCCAAAUUCGAGCCCAAAAACUGCCGCUGACAGGGGAAAAGUCGACCGCAUUUGGAACCAAGAGACCUUUGCUCCCGUUCUCAAAGUAGCACUGUUUGAUGAACUAGAAGAAGCCAUUGAACUCAAUAAUGGCGUCCCACAAGGGUUAUCUAGCAGCUUAUGGUCAAAUGAUGUAAGGAACCUUGGGAAGUGGAUUGGUCCUGAAGGAUCGGACGCUGGCAUAGUGAAUUUUAACGCUGGCACCAGUGGAGCGGAGAUUGGUGCCGCCUUUGGAGGCAACAAGAGCACUGGAUGGGGUCGAGAGUCUGGAGGCGAUGCUUGGAAGCAGUACGUAAGAUGGAGUGCGUGCACUGUUAACUAUUCUCGUGAAGCGCCACUGGCCCAGGGUGUCGUCUUCCCGGCCGCAAAGUGGGAGCCUUGAUGUCGUCUAUCACAGUCCGCUCACAUGAUGUCAGCCUUCUACGCGCCCAUAAAGUCUUGACAAGCCAGGGUAGUGCAUAU